UCGUUGUGUCAAAAUUAGUUGUUUAGGUUAGGAUUUUAAAAGUUCGUAGACAAAUGUUUUUAAUAAUGUUAAUUAUUAUUUAAAUUCCAAUAUGUGGUCGUUUUUUUCUCGCGAUCCAUCAAAAGACUUCAACUUCGAAAUUGGUGAACUUGUACCGAGUUUAGGAGAUAAAAGUGUUUGGGCUCUUCACAAAGGCAAAAAGAAGGUAACUAGUGAAGAAGUUUCGGUGUUUGUAUUCGAUCUGAAGAAUAAUUCAGAAACUCAUUUAGAAGUAGCCAAGGCAGCAGUUAAGAGAUUAAAAACUUUGAGACAUCCUAGUGUUCUCACCUAUUUGGAUAGUUUAGAAUCAGAAAAAGUCUUAUAUCUUUCCACUGAAUACGUAGAUCCUUUGAUAGACCAUUUGCAAAAUUUGACUUUGGAGAGACCUCAAAAAGAGCUCUAUGUUGCUUGGGGAAUAUUUCAGAUAACGAGAGCUUUAUCGUUUUUAAAUAAUGAUGGAAAUCUUCGUCAUAAUAAUGUCAAUAUCUGGUCAGUUUUUGUAAAUUCAUCUGGUGAGUGGAAACUUGGUGGAGUAGAAUAUGUGUCAACCACUCAAGAUGCAGCACAGAACUUUAAAGUCAUUCCAAGUUUGGAAGUUUAUAGCCCUCCCGAAAAGAAUGAUCCUAGUAAACAACGAAUCAUCACAAAAUGUUCUAAUGACAUGUGGGGUUUAGGAUGCCUCAUAUGGGAAGUUUUCAAUGGGCCCUUGUACCAACAGUCAUCUUUGAAGAAUAUUGACAAAAUUCCAAAACAACUGGGCCCUCUAUAUUACGAAUUAGUGAGUUCCAAUCCAUCUUCCAGACCUAAUCCUGCUGAUAUUAUAUCUAGAUGUCGUAAACUUGGAGGAUAUUUCAAGAAUGAUUUGGUUGACACUUUACUGUUCCUUGAGGAAAUUCAGAUCAAAGAUAAAAAUGAAAAAAAUCGUUUCUUUUCUAACCUAACUCCACAUUUAGAUAAUUUUCCAGAUAACGUUUGCAAACAUAAAAUUUUGCCUCAACUCAUAACCGCUUUUGAAUAUGGUGACGCAGGCUCUGCUGUAUUGGCCCCAAUGUUUAAGCUUGGAAGAUUACUUGACACUGCAGAAUACCAAAAAAAAAUUGUACCAUGUGUUGUCAAAUUAUUCGGAAGUAAUGACAGGGCGACCAGAUCUAGACUUCUCCAACAGUUGGAGCAUUUCAUUGGACAUUUGCAAGCAGGUACUGUAAAUGAUCAAAUAUUUCCUCAAGUUGCUCAUGGGUUCAUGGAUACAAACCCCACCAUCAGAGAACAAACUGUCAAAUCUGUGAUACAUCUAGCACCUAAGUUAAGUUACAAUAAUCUGAAUGUGGAAGUGCUGAGGCAUUUUGCACGAUUGCAAUCCAAAGACGACCAGGGUGGAAUAAGGACUAAUACGACCGUUUGCCUAGGAAAAAUCGCUCAACACCUGCAUCCACAGAUAAGACAAAAAGUGCUCAUAUCAGCGUUCAUUAGGGCAAUGCGGGAUCCCUUUCCACCGGCUAGAAAUGCAGGUGUAUUGGCUCUGGCUGCAACUCAGCAGUACUACCUUCUUUCUGAAGUUUCCUCGAGGAUUUUACCCUCUCUCUGUCAAUUAACUUUGGACCCAGAAAAAACCGUGAGAGACUCGGUGUUCCGUACCAUCAAGGGCUUUUUGGGUAAACUCGAAAAAGUAUCCGAAGAUCCUAGCUUGAGAGAAAGCAUGGAAGCAGAUGUGAAUACAGCAACUCCUAGUCUGAGUAAUGCUGCAGCAACUUGGGCUGGCUGGGCCGUCACCGCAGUAACUGCCAAAUUUUACAGAAGUCAGUCAGACACUGUCAAAUCAAUGAAUCCCGUUACUAGUCGGAUGUUGAGCAAACCGGGUUCUCUAGAACAGCCGUCAAGCAGCAGUAUAUCAACGACGACUUCCAGUGUAACUUCCAUGACAUCUUUAGAGCAUGAAGAUGGUAGCCGAGGAAAUGAUUCUGUUUCGGAUUAUGAUUACAAUCACUGGGAUGAUAAUGACAACUGGGGAGACAUGGAGACUGGUGGUCAGAUGGCUAGUAGUAGCGGUAGUGGUUGUGCUACUGGCACAAGCGAUCCAACAAGUCCACCUUCUGGCUCAGGACCAGCCACAAAAGUAACUGAUGGUUGGGAAAAUGAAGAAUGGGGCAGUCUGGAUGAGGAACCAGAAGCUGAAUUAACUUCACCUUCUGAGGCAUGGAGCCCGAGCGAAAUCACUCCGAUUAUACCACCAGAGACUAAAACAAAUAACAGUUCAUUGUCUUCCCACAUCAAUCAUAGGAAUCCACAAACCACUUGGGAAGAACAUGAGUUUGAACCCCUUGAAGAAAAUCCAGGUACUAAUAGCGCUAAACUAGAGGAAGCAAAGAAGAAGAGAGAGGAAAGGAAAUUGAUGCGGCAAAAGGAAUUGGAGGCUAGGAGAGCUAGCCGAACAACUGGAGGGCCUAUGAAGUUAGGAUCCAAGAAAUUUUAAUUCUAUGGCUACUAAUUUUAACCAAUAACAUUAUGACAUUUCAAAUUAUGUCGAUUUUAAGUCUUAUCUAUAUCAAUAUGCUUUUUCAAAUACAUUUUUAAUACAUUUAUGAAGCUAUUUAGAACGGUGUGAUUUGUAAAAUAAAACUGAUCUGUUUUCA